UUCUCCAACUCCCCCUCCCCUAGUCCAUAAUUGGUUUUAUAGGAAUGGCUGAGGGCCAAAGUGUUUACAUGAGGAUCCACCAAGAGGAACUUGAAAGGGGGGUUUUGUGUAAUGUACCUUUUCCAAUCCUGAGCUGUCUAUGGAGAUUCUCAAGUCUCUCGACCAAGCACUACCUGGAGUUUACCAAGCAGCAGCAGCAGCGAAGUUGGAUUAUUUGAAAAGCAAGCAAGAGACUCUGUCCUUCCCAGGACUGCCUUUUCCUUCAGGGCGGAGGGAACAGCCCAGCAGACCCCUGGGCAAGGAGAAAUAACCUUGUUUUUUGGGGGGUCUACCCAAAGAAAGAGAGAAGCUCCUUUGUUUGGAUAUAAUUUUUGAAAGGGGGGAGGGAAGGAAUCCGGGUGCAAAAAAAUCCGGCUGAAGAAUGCCAAGGAAGAGGACUGGAUAGAAAAUAAAAGGGGCAAUUCCUUAAGCAAGGCGCAGCCCCGCUCCGGACGCCGCGGGAAGAAGACGACGAGGAGGAGGAGGAUGGCGCCGGGGCCGCCGCCGCGGGGCCGCGGCUGCCUCCCGAGCCUCUGAGCCCGGGCGCGGCGGAGCAGGCGACCCGCCGGCGGACGAUGGAUGGGAGAGACCUGGGGGCCCCCCGCGCCGUCCACGGCCCCCCGCCGCUCCUCUCCGGCCUGGCCAUGGACAGCCAGCACCGGGCGGCCGCCGCCGGAGCCGCCGCUCGCCUGGCCGCCGGCCUGCCGCCCGCGCCCCUGGCCCCGGGCAAGUACCUCGCCUCCGGCAUCGGCCUCCACGCCCACCCGGGUUUCUCCCAUCUGCCUAAUGGUCUGUACCCUUCGUACAUUCCCUUAAGUCACCUGGAGCCUCAUAACAGCGGGAGUCCUUUGCUCGCUCAGCUGGGACAGCACAGCCUCUUCGAGUCUCCAAAAGAUGGAUUUUACCUCACCGGCCAUGUGGGGCAGUCCACCAUGCACCCCCAAGGCCCUCCCUCAAGGUCAGCGUCCAACCACACGCCCAGUGCGCUGCUUCGUGAAAAAGACCUCGGCCACCCCCACAGGAACUCCAAGGACAUUUUAAAAGAUGCUGCUGGCAAGGAGCGGGCGUGCCGGAGCGACCUCUCUUUGCCUGUGGCCAAGAAAGAGGGCAAGCUGAAAGAGGAGGCCAGGCCUCACAGCGUGGUGGAUCUCACAGUGGACACUAAGCCCGACAGCGACCGGAAAGUGAGUGGCCCCGAGAAGGCGGUCAAGACUGGGGAGCGUUUGUCCCCUUUCCUGGCUGAGCACAUGCCAAAUCGGGGGACUCUUAGUGCAGAACCAAAGUCCAAAAACCCACUACAAACCUCUUCGCUCAACAACUGCAAUGGUGGAGGGGACCUUUUGGGGAAGGCCCUGGGCUCUGAGCAAGACCGCUGCGCCAAGGACCCUAACAGGCACGACGAGAACAUGAGGCCUUCUUCUCACACGCACUCAGACAGGCUGAAGAGGGGGGAUUCGGUGGUGGGCUCUGUAGCCACUUUGCACGUUGCCUGCAGUUGCCCCUCCCCACACCCAUCCCAAGCGGGAAAGCUUGCUCCUUCCUCCGCCUUCCCUCCUCAGCCUGUCCAUUCUAACAUGUAUACCAUCUUUCCUCUGACCAAGGAGCCAGGGAGGGAACACAAAGUCAUCGCCCCGACAUUCGUGCCUUCAGUUGAGGCUUAUGACGAGAGGAAUGGCCCCAUCCAGAUUGCCUCGCAAGCCCGGGACAACGGCAAAGCGAAAGAGAGAGAGACUUCUGGUGCUACCGCAGGCCGAGUGGGCGUCUUGCAGUCUGUGCCUGACAGGUGCCUGGGCGACCCCUCUCGCAGCCUUUUGUCCCAAGAUUUCCCCGGCCAUGGUGAUGCCAAACGGGCAGAAGUCCUGAGGGAGAAGAGCUCUGUUAUCAGGGCCAACUCCAUGGUGCUGAAGAAACAGGGGAGUUCAGAAAACUUCUCAAACAGGCCACGUCUGAGCUCCCCUGAAAGCAGGGAAUUCCUCACCUCGAAAGACUUGCUAAAACCCACCCCAGAGGCAGAACACCGCUCCUGUGAGCGGGACAGGUUUCAGAGAUCCGGUUGCAAGGAAGCAGCUAAGGUAUAUGGCACUUUGGACUCCUCUUCCUCCUCCUCCUCCUCCUCCUCCUCUUCCUCCCGGCAGCAUCUAGACCACAGUCAGCUGAAGACUUCAGAACAGAAAUGGAAACCUUUUGAAAUGGGCAAUUUUGCCACCACCCAGAUGGCCGUGCUGGCUGCCCAGCACAACCACGCCAACCGGGUGGAGGAAGAAGCCAAGAAGGCGUACCUCGACCCCAGCAGCCUGCAGAGAUCCUCGGUGGUGGGUCCCCGGAGCACUGCGGAAAGCCUCCACCCUACCUCGCACAGCGAAGGCUCUGCCAUGCAAAGCCUCAUCAAGUACAGCGGCAGCUUUGCCAAGGAGACCUCAGCUCGGCAGGGCGGUGGGAAGAAGAGCCCAUUUGGGGGCUUGGGCAACAUGAAACUAGACCCCAGCCAGCAGGGCGUUUCCAAGAUCCAGCAGCUCCUGCCCCAGCAAACCAGCAAGCAGUUAAAGAAGGAGCCCGAGAGGCCAGAAAGCGCCAAGUCCUUUGGGCGUGAGAGCAUCGGAUCUCAGGGAGAGGUGGAGGUGAGACAUCUCCCUGUGGGCAUCGCUGUGGCUGUCGCCCGGCAAAAGGACAACAGUGGCAACAAGCCGAGCCCAAGCCUCUUGGACCGUGAUCGCUCCCUCUCCCUGGGCAGCGUCAAAGGGCACGGGCGCUCAGAUGAAGACUGCGGAGAUGACCUGCCACGCCAUCGAGACAGCCGCCUCUUGGCCAGUCGUCUGGAACGGGACCAGGAGAAGCUGCUAAGAGAAAGCAAAGAGCUUGCCGACUUUGCUCGGAUACAUCCUGCUGGCUGUACCGCAAAUGGCUUGAACUCCAACCUCAUGGUGACUGGAGGGCCUCCGCUGACCGGCUCGGGGCGAUGGUCUACCGAUCCAGCCUCGCACUUGGCCACCCACCCAUGGUUACCAAGGACCGGCAGCUCUUCAGUGUGGCUCGCGGGCCAUCCCUACGGCCUGGGACACCCUUCUCUGCACCAAGGCAUGGCCCCGGGUUUCCCUCCUGGCAUGGGGGCAGCGCUCCCUUCUGCCUAUCAGUUUGCCAGGGAUCCUCAGUCCGGGCAGCUGGUUGUGAUCCCCAGUGAGCAUCUGCCACACUUUGCAGAGCUGAUGGAUCGGGCUCCUCCUCUCUGGCCUGCCAUGUACCCCUCGGCAAGGAGCUCUCUCCAACAUGCCCACCAGCUCCAGCUCUUGUCCCAUCAGCAGCUGCUCCGCCAGCAUGAACUCUACAUCCUUCAACAGCAGGCUGCUCACGCCAUGGAAUUGCACAGGAGCGCCCAGCUGGUGGAGAGGCUAAAGGCUAAUGAGCAGCGAGUGGAGAUGGAAGAGAAAGUCUCCAAGCGGAGCAUGGACAGUGGAAAGGCAGGCUUCUCCUCCUCCGGCUCAGGCCUCUUGCCCCGAAAGCCUCCAGUGCUGCCUCACAACACUUCAGCAUCAUACAGCAAGGCUGUGAGUCCCCCUCCCCUGUCUCCCAGGGCUUCGCCUGUGUCUGGGCUCAAAGCUGAGGUUAUCCAAAAGAUGGAAGAGCCACCUACGCAGCCCGCCUUCUCCUACCCUGCUACUCCCAUCUCCCAUCCUUCUAGUCCGCCCCCUGCUUCUCCGCCCCCUGCCCCUGGCAUCUCCGCAAAAGAGGAGGAAGAGCCUGAGAGCGUGGAGAAGAAAGAAAUAGAGCGGGGAAAAGAGACCAACAGUCCCUACCAGGCUUUGUUCCCAGAGAUUCCAUCAGGGUAUCCAUUCCAGUCCCUGCCCAACGCAUUCAGAAGGCACUACCCAUACCUUAUCCAACCGGCUGCAGCAACGGACGCAGAUGGCUUGGCCCCUGAUGUCCCACUGCCAGCAGGGGAUUCGGAGCACAUGGCCCUUUCCCCAGAGGCCAAACCCAUCCACCUCUCCCCAUCCAAAAUUGUCAAACCCAUCCAGGCCGUGGAGGAAGAGGAGUCUUUGGAAGAACGGGUGAAGACUGAGAUCGAGAUGGAUGAAAUCCAGGAGGGUGAUGUCUGUGAUCAAGACGUGGACUCUCUGAACAUGGCAAGAUCCAUCACGCUUCCUGUUCAGGACGUGGACUCUUGUGGCCUUCUGCUGCACCACGGCAAAGCCUUGAGUAGUGCAGUCGAGGAGGAACGACCUCUUCAGGAUUGCCAACCCACUUACCAAGUGAUGGCAUGCCCUGUGGAAUUGGGGACCCAAGAAGAUGCUGCUAGUGGCACAGAACCUUGUCCGGUCCACCUGAACUAUGAAGUGGGGUUGUUACCCAGGGACGACGAGCCAUCUGGGAUGGGCCUCACACCUCCACCGGAGGAGGCUUCUCUAGCCACGGAACUGCCUCACAUCAGCUCUCCCCAGGAGAGGGAAUUUCCCAGCAUGCCUCAGGAAGAGGGAGAGCCACCCUUGGAAACGGCCAGCUACGGGGAUGAGAUUGUAUCCUGCCCAGUCCCUCCUCUGGACAUCACACCGGACGACCCACUGGCGGGCAUGAAUGCCUUAGCAGCUGCCGCUGAACUGCCUCAGGCAUGUUCCUUACUGCCAAGCGACAGUGUCACUCAGGAGGCAGUGGUGAACCUGGAGGUGUCCUCGAGCCUGUCGCCCGAGCACACCUUCCUGCAGGGAAUCACACUGCUGAGUGAAAUUGCUGAACUGGAACUGGAGAAGAGAAGGCAGGAGGGUGAAGCAGACGUAGAGCGCUUUGCUGCCCGGCCAACCUUGGAGAGCCUUUUGGCCGCCAGCACUCAGAUGCUGAUGGAGGUCCUUUCAACCCCCUUUAUGGACAGCCUGAAAAACAUCCGUCUGCCUCGAGAGCUGGACCCCAACAAAAAGUACAGCUGGAUGCAGAAGAAAGAUGAACCAAUGUACUCCAUCAAGUCGGCUAUUGGGGAAAUGGAUGCUAUGGAGCUGGACUAUCGGAUGAGAUUGGCCGAACUUCAAAGGCGUUACAAGGAAAAACAGCGGGAGCUUGUGAAGCUGCAGCGCCGAAGAGACUCCGAGGAAAAGCAUGACGAGAAAAGUAGAAGCUUGGGAAGACGAGGCCCAGGAAGGCCCAGGAAGAGGAAGCACGGAUCCAGUGCUCUGUCGCCCCCUAAGGAGAGAGGGAAGAGUGACGGCAGGAGUGGAAAGAUAAGCAGGUCGUUGCUGCUCUCGGAAGACUCGGAAAUGGGAGAAGGAACACGGAAAAGACACAGGGGCUUCCUCCUUGAUGAGGAAGAGGACAUGGAGGGCAGAAGUGGGAAGAUGAAGAGCAGGAAUCGCAGCUGGGAUGAGCAUGACAUGCUGGCGAGCUUUUCCAGUGAGUUAAAGAUUAAGAAGAAGAAGCUGGCCUCUGACCAAGAGCAUCUGGUGAGCAAGCUAGACAAAGCCCUGUCGCUCUCAAGGCACAAGAAGUUGAAAUCCCCUUUUAAGUGCAUGGACAGCUCUGGAGGGAAGCAGAAGAACGGCGGAUGUGGUGGCAGCAGAUACCUGUUGCCUCAUGAGGAAAAGAAAAACUUGUCCAACACCCUGAGCUUCUCCCUGAAAGCCUCCAAAGAAGGUAAAAACAAAAUAGCUGCCAAAAUGAAGAAGAUGGAGGUGGGGCUGAAACUCAAGGGUCACCUGAAGGUUACCACUUCACCAGCAAUAUCUGAAGUUAGCAGCUAUUCCUACAAUACAGAUUCAGAGGAAGAUGAUGAAUCUCUGAAGGACGAGUGGCCUUUCCCACCCCCAUCCAACUCCAGAAUGAGACUCCCCAACCUGUAUGGUGCAGUGGGCCAAAAGACCAGCAGGAUCGCCGGAGGCCUCAAGACCUCCAAGAAAGGCAUACCUGUUGCUAGGACUCUCAAAUCUAAACUGGCCACAAGUCGGAAGCAGCAGUUUUGUAUGGUGCCCAGAGAGGCCGAAGUUGGAUCUUCGUUCAGCGAUUCUUCGGAGGACUCGUUUGAUCAAGAUUCUACCUCAGAAGAGGAGGAGGAGGAGGAGGAGGAAGCGGAGGAUUAUAGGCUGGCUGGAAUCGAGAGGCUUUCGCCCCCUGCUUUGGAUGAGAGUGGCCUGGGCCUGCUUGCCAGGUUUGCAGCCAGUGCCAUGCCAAGCCCCAUCAUCCCACCUUCUCUCUCCAUAGUUCAGCUGGAAGCGAAGCAGAAGGCCAAGAAAAAGGAAGAACGACAAAGUUUGAUGGGGACGGAAUUUGAGUACACAGAUUCGGAGAGCGAGAUCAAGAUCAGGAAGAAUUCUCCGUCUCGGCUGUUGCGUGGGAAGAAGGGAAUGCUCGAGUCAGGCAGUGCCACACCUGUACCGUCCUCAAGCCCCAUGGAUGCCACCUCUGGGAUGAGCUUGGACAAGGCCAAGAUGGCAUCCGAAAGGAGCCGAAAGCUGAAGAAGUUCAAGUCGCCCAAAGACCUGAGCUUUGAACUCGGGCUGGAGAUGAGUGACGACGACCUCUGGAACCGGCGGCGAAGUGAGCGGAUCUUUCUGCAUGAUGCCACCACGUCGUCAGCUGUGCUGUCCCCUGCCGCACCGAGCAGCUUGACGCCCGUGUCCAAGGUGGGCCGCUGCGUGAAGGGAACUCCCCUCAGCCCCAAGAAAGACGGCAGCAAAGGGAAGGAGAGGAAAGAUCUUGUCAAGAAGAAGAAGAACAAAGACAGCCCUUUCUGCUCUUCCUCCUCUUCCCACUCUCCUCCGGACAUCACCAGCUCCCCACCUGUCAUCCGCACCAGCCUGGCAAACUCCCUGGGCUCCAGCAAGAAGAGCAAGGCCAAGACGAAAGCCAAAGAGGCGAAGAAAGAGAACCGAGGGAAGGGAGGGGCUGUUAGCAAGCUCAUGGAAAGCAUGGCUGCCGAGGAGGACUUUGAGCCCAACCAGGACAGCAGCUUCUCAGAGGAUGAAAACGUACCACUGAGCGUGCUCCUGGAAAGGCCGCCAACGCCAGCCCCCCGUUCUUGUAUAAUUGACAAAGAAGAGCUGAAAGACGGUUUGCGGGUCCUCAUCCCAAUGGAUGACAAGUUGCUCUAUGCUGGACACGUGAAGACAGUUCACUCUCCUGACAUAUACCGCGUGGUGGUGGAAGGCGAGCGAGGGAAUCGUCCCCAUAUCUACUGUUUGGAGCAGCUGCUGCAAGAGGCGAUCAUCGAUGUGAAGCCCCCUUCGGUGCGGUUCCUGCCUGAGGGCACAAGAAUCGCUGCCUAUUGGAGUCAACAGUACCGCUGCCUGUACCCAGGGACAGUUGUCCAAGGAGCCCAUGACCAAGAAGAGGAUGGAGAUUUGAUCACUGUGGAGUUUGAUGAUGGAGACACUGGACGGAUCCCCUUGUCUCACAUUCGCCUGCUGCCACCUGACUACAAGAUCCAGUGUGCGGAGCCCUCUCCUGCCCUUUUGGUGCCCAGCACGAAGCGUCGCAGCCGCAAGUCCAGUAAGAAUACUGGAGAAGGAAAAGAGGGAAGCGGGAUGGGAUCAGAGGAGCCAGUGGCAAAGGGCAAAGGUCGUGGGAGGAAACCAAACAUCAAACAAAAAACUGAAGAAAAUGCCCCAAUGGAAGAGAAAAACCAGGGAGAGAUGCCCGCUGCCCCGUCUCUCGUGCCCGAAAAGCCUGUUUGCCUUAGCAAGCAGUCUGCAAAAGGCUCAAGGAAAGCUCAGCCGAUCCCGGCCCGAUCCUCCUCCAUUUCCAAGGGAGAAAAACAGCACAGUAAAGGCAACAAGGUGAAGCUGUCCGGCAAACUGCCCAGCUCUGCUCAGCCCCCCUUCCAGUCUCCCGUGUUCAGUAAUGUUCGUGGGAGCGAGUCCUAUGCUGAGUUGCCAGGCAUUCUGGGAACUUUUGGCCAUUCGGACAACUCCUCAGGGAAAGUCAAAUCUAAGAAAGGGAAGUCCACCGAGGAGUUGCAAGAGUUUGGGUCCACGGCCAAGGCUCAGAGGAAGAUCCCUGACAGUGAGAUUCUGAUCAAGCUGGACCACGAGGGUGUCAUGUCUCCCAAAACGAAAAAGACCAAGGAAGCCAUGAGGAUGUUGGGCGAUUCGAACGUGCCUGGCAGAAAGGAGGCCAAAAACGUCUUAGGGCUGAGUUACGCCUCUGUCACCAGUUCAGACCCAAAACAGAAACCUCCCAAAAGCAAAGUGGCCAGCAGAGAACCCUCCGCUCCUCAUUUUGGCAGCAAGUUUGGCGGAACCAGAGAGAAGGCGACCUCCUCGAAGGAUCAAGAGGACAAAGCGCAGCCAGCACCAGCUGGUGACGAGUCCGAGAGCAACAGCAGCGGCAGCAGUUCUGAGUCUGAAGGAGAGGAGGAGGCAGAGAAGAACGGGGGUGGCGCUCAGGACAGCAGCUCGGCCAGUUCAAGGGCAUCAACCCCCGUGUCUUCGUCCAAUUCCUCCUCCUCCUCUUCCUCCAGCAGCAGCAGCUCUUCUUCCUCCUCCUCCUCCUCCUCCUCCUCCUCUUCCACCUCUUCUUCAUCCAGCUCCAGCUCGUCAUCGUCCUCGUCCACCACCGACGAAGACUCUUCUUGCAGCUCUGACGACGAGACCGCUGAAUCCCAGCCCAGCACCUCUUCUGUCCAGCAGGUCGUCCCGACAAAGCCAGCCAAGCAGGCAGGGAAGUCUCGGGCAGCUUCCCACCCACCAGGCCCCAAACAGCAGCAGCAGCAGCAGCAGCAGCAGCAGGGGACAGUGCAGAAGCAGCAGCAGCAGCAGAGCAGUAGUAAGAACCGGCCCAAGAAGCGCGAGGGGAUCCACCUUCCCACCACGAAGGAGCUAGCCAAGCGGCAGAGGCUCCCUUCUGUGGAGAACAGACCCAAGAUCGCCGCCUUCCUGCCAGCCCGGCAGCUUUGGAAGUGGUUUGGGAAGCCAACCCAGAGGCGUGGGAUGAAGGGGAAAGCCCGGAAGCUCUUCUACAAAGCCAUUGUCCGCGGGAAGGAGAUCAUCCGCAUCGGAGACUGUGCUGUCUUCUUAUCGGCCGGCCGCCCCAACCUGCCAUACAUUGGCCGGAUCCAGAGCAUGUGGGAGUCAUGGGGGAACAACAUGGUGGUCAGGGUCAAGUGGUUUUACCACCCGGAAGAAACCAACCCUGGGAAGAAGCUCAAUGAAAGCAAGCGCUGGGAUCAGAAAUCUGGCAGAAGCCUCUCAACUGCUCUGCAGGCUUCCAGCCAGAGGAAGGACUUCAUGGAGCGAGCCCUCUACCAAUCUUCUCAUGUCGACGAAAAUGAUGUCCAGACCAUCUCGCACAAAUGUUUGGUGGUUGACCUGGAACAGUAUGAACAGAUGCUGAAGACAAAGAAGUAUCAAGAUAGUGAAGACCUUUACUACCUAGCGGGGACAUACGAGCCCACCACAGGCAUGAUAUUCAACACAGAUGGGGUCCCCGUCAUCUGCUAACUGCCCUGGAAAAGGGAUUUCUGAGAGGCAUCCCCCUCAUCCCAUUCUUCCAAAGCGUUUGCUCAUACCUGCACCUCUAUGGGAGAAGAAUGGGACAAACUGAACGUAUGUGCCUGUUUCUUAACGACAGCAUGAUUGUGUAAUGUCCGCACGCAUCAUAGCAAAGACGGAAAAUAAAAAGACUCUUUUUCAAGGGACUUCCUGUAACGGCUCAGGUGACAGCCAGGAUCCAGCGACGUGGCUUUUGGGGAAGAACGGCAUAGGAGAGUUUGAGGGUUUUGUUUUGUUUUAAUUUUUUCCCACGGAUCCUAAACAUGUGCAAUGAACUUCUUUUUUGCCCUUGAGAACCGGAGCGCUAGACAAUAUUAAAAAAAAAACAGGAUAAAUUAAGAACCAUUUCAUAGGAUAUUUGAAGAGGACAACUUUUCAUCCGGAAUCAACACUCUCCAGUUUUUUGGGGCACCCAUCUGUCCUUCCUUGCCAGCUGCACACUAGCUUGGCGGGGAUAGUAUGAGGACAGAGGGAAACCCAAGCAUCGUUUGGAACUUUUGUAUGACUUCUUUGUCUCCAAAAACUGCUUUCCGAUUUCUGGCACAGAACUGAUGCUCAACAGAAAGCCCAGAAGGCUGUUGCUCAGGCAAAGUGUUGUUGAUUGACACCCUCCCAAGAUUAAGAACAGGCCCUGGGCUGUGUUGGCGUGAACUUUCUUUCUUUAAAAAAAUUGCCAAAUCGACUGGAUCAGCUUGUUGCCCCUUGCCAACCUUUGCCAGGGAGAGCUUUUUUAAUCUGUGCAGAUGUAGUCUCUUGAACAAAACAAACAAAACCCCAUUUCCUUUCUCAUGUAAGCUGAAUGUAAGUAAGUCAUUCUUGGGACUGAUGAGAAACACAGUUCUCCGUUUAAUUUGCCAUUCCCUAUAUAUACAACACAACUUUUUUUACGGGGGAGGCGUGUUUUGCAAAGCACACUGUCAACCGCUUGCUGUUCUUACGGCAGGAAGCUAAACAACACUGCUGGAUGUCAUCUUGUUCCAGCAGACUUUCUUCUCAAGGACUCCUGGGUGUUCAUACGGAACAAAAUCUUCAAUCUUUCUCCCCGCCCCCUGCCCCCCCUGCACACAAAGAGUUUAAAGAUAAAACAGCACUUGGGGGGACCUUGAUCUGUCCACGCAGGAAACAUUGGCUGGUGGGAUCCAGGAAACUGCCUUCGACUUGUCAGUGCAUGCGUUUUAACUUGGCAGGUCUAAGUAUGAACAGCUCCACCCCUAAUUGAUGCCAGUCAGACAUUUUCCAUCUCCUUGUCUGUCUGGUCAUUCCACCAUCAUCUCCACCAUUCUGUUUUCAUCGUGGGCCUUGAGCUCUGGACUUUGCCUCUUGCCAUUUCAAGGCAGGGCAGGAGCCCAAAAAUGGACACUGCCAAGGAAGAGAGAAGGUUGAACAGCCGUGGCAGAGUCGAGGCAAAUUUGGGGAUGGGGAUGAGGGAGGGCGAGGGGGAGAAACAGCCUGGAGCAAUGUCCUCAUCUUGCACUUAGAGAAACAAACAUACACUACACAGCCUAAGACCCCAAGAUUGUUUCCGCCCGGAACGGAGUGUACCAUUCCAGCACUACAAGGGUGGGGCCAUACUUACUUACUUCCACGGACAGAUUUUUAACUAUCUACCACUCUUCAGUACUCUUUGGGUACUGAAGAGUGUAGCCAAUUUGAGAGGGAGGGAGGGAGGAAGGGAGGCACCCCCCCACCCUUUUUUUAGAAUCCUUCACAACUUUACUUCUGAAAGAACCACAGUGGUGCUGAUCUGUACUGCCCACCUUCUGGACCACAGCUGCCGAAGACUUCGGUAUAUAAACUUUCUUUUUAAAAAAAAGCAAACAAACUCUGUACAGUUUUAAUGUACCAUAAGACUCAUGAAGCCCUUUCCCCCCUGUAUUAUAGAACCUCUUUAAAGAAAAGGAAAAAAAAUCAAAAAUGGAUUCAACUUUUUAAUUAUAAAUAUAAAAUAUAAAUAUAUAAAUAUAUAUAAAUAUAUAAACUUUUUAAAAAACUGUGAAAAAGUAUGAAAUUAUAAAAAAAAAACACAGUCUGACAUUUAGACUCUUUAUUUUUUAUUUCCUGUUGGGUUGUGACUGUAAAAAAGAGAGAGAAACAGGGGAAGAGGAAGUUCUCACCUGCUUACGUAACAAAUUGUGUCCUGUGCUGGCUGAAGCACCUCCAGAGACACAGAAAGAGAGAAUUUAUGCGAAUGUUGAAUAGAGAGCACUUAGCUGCCCGUUGCCUUCUAUGGAACACAAGGAUUUUUCCAGACAAUCGAGAGGAAAGGAGCCAGGUUAUUUUUUUUUUUCAUCCUGUUAUUUUCCCUGUUGUUAUGUUUUCAAAGUUUUUCCCUUUUUUUUUUUUGCAUUGUUUGUUGGCCAAUUAUGUGUGAUCCUUUUUCAUAAAAAAAAAAUCAA